AUGGCCUCACACCCAGGAGUACUCACCAUAGCCGGCUCCGACUCUGGAGGUGGUGCUGGAAUCCAGGCCGAUUUGAAAACAAUUGCGGCUUUGGGGUGUUAUGGGACUUCUGCCAUCACAGCACUUACUGCUCAGAACACGAAGGGUGUCAAUGGCGUUCAUGCCGUCCCGACCGACUUCGUCGAGAGCCAGAUCAGCACCGUCCUCGCCGAUAUAGACGUCAAAGCCAUCAAGACAGGGAUGCUCUGCGAUGCGCAGAUUGCGCGUGCAGUCGUGCACGCGCUUAAGGCGCACUACAAAGACGCGCUUCUACCCGCACUCGUCUGCGAUCCCGUGUGCGUGUCUACUUCCGGACAUACUCUCCUUCAGGAAGACGCAGUCGACACGAUCGUCGACGAGCUCUUCCCGCUGGCGACAUUGAUCACGCCGAACAAGCAAGAGGCGGAACUCUUGCUAUCUCGUCGCGGCUACCCACGGAAAAUCAGCGGGCUCGACGACAUGUUGUCUUCGGCACAGGCGCUUAUGCAGCUGGGCUCGAAAGCCGUGCUCCUGAAGGGCGGCCAUAUCACCGCGACGCUCGACGACAUCGCGAAAUUCUCUGCGGCGCAUCCCGAGGUCAAGCGCGUACCGCAGGGCGUCUUCGGCGAGAACAUGGAGAUUUUGCAACUCGCGGGCGACAGGCCGCAGGUCACUGAGCUUGUGGUGGACAUUUUGUAUCAGAAAUCGGGCGCGACUGUGUUCUAUCGCUCGAGAAUUGAUUCCCAGAGCACGCAUGGAACGGGCUGCACGCUUAGCUCUGCGUUGGCGUCCUUCAUCGCGCAGGGUCACGAUCUUGUCGAGGCAACUCGAUUGGCCACAGAGUACACGCACCACGGCAUACAAGCUGCAUACCCCGUAGGCGGCGGUCAUGGUCCACUGAACCAUCUGCACGGCCUGCGUCCGGCGUGCAUUCCUGGCCGCACACCAUCGAAUCAGCACCCGUUCACCCGCCUUUUGAUUCAGCAAAGCUCGUCGACAUGGAAGGCCUACGUCGAACACCCCUUCGUCGUGGAGCUCGGUAAAGGCACUCUCGCAAAGGAGAAGUUCGUGCACUUCAUAAAACAGGACUACCACUACUUGAAGUACUACGCCCGUGCCUACGCCCUCCUCGCCGCUAAAGCAACAACCUUCUCCGACGUCGACCGCGCCGUGCAAACCAUCCUCAACGUCCUCCGCGAAAUCAACACGCACAAAGCCUUCUGUGCCAAAUUCGGCGUAACGGCGGAGGACCUCGAGAGCACGCCCGAGGCGUCCGCGACGACGGCGUAUGGGUGCUAUCUGAUCGAGACGGGGUUGCAAGGCGACAGCAUGAAGCUCACGAUGGCCCUCCUCGCCUGCCUUCUCGGGUACGGCGAGGUCGGCCUCUGGCUCAAGCGCCACUCGUCCACGGCCGACGCAUGGGUCGUGCUCGAGGGCAACCCGUACCUGCAGUGGAUCGAGGAUUAUUCGGGCGAGCACUAUCAGGGCGCGGUGAAAGUUGGGCUCGACGUCAUCGAGACCCUAGCCGCCCAAGACCCGCCCUCACCGGCGCGCUUCAGCGAAUGGCUGGGAGUCUGGAGGAAAUGCACGCAGUUGGAGAAGGGCUUUUGGGACAUGGCUGUGAAUAUAGCGUUCUGA